UAAUCCAGCCACCAUGUUCCUCCGUCUCUGUGUCUUUCUGACCUGCAUAUAUUAUGCAGUCGGCUACACCCAAGAAGUAACAUUCUACGCGGACUAUGGCUUGCAAGGGGACGCGUUGCGAAUCCGAUCCAAGCACCCACAACUUCAACCCUGCGAGAUGCGGCAAAUUGUAAACAUGAAGUCAUACUGCGCCAUAGGCCGUUGGGAGGGCUACAUUAGUGCGAAUUACACUGAUCGCCUAGAAUUUUCGCAUACGAAUAAUGUUACUACAUGCCUUAACCUAUACUUCAAUUAUUAUCCAAUUUCGUCGAUUCGGUAUCUCGGAUUUUCAGAAACGCUCGCUCCAUCAAUUUCAAUCUACAGCGGGUCAAACGAUAGCGAGACUGGUGGCAUCGAACGCACUUUCACGGUCGAAUCAGCCAACAAUUUUGGCUUCAUCCCCACCUAUCUUGUCCUCACUGGGGGGUCAAGUUGGACUGGCUUUUCCAACGAAGAUUUUACUGGAGAGUCGACCUGCUUCUCGACAUCGGAGCUGCAUGUGGGUUUCAGUCCCCACCCAAGAAUUAUAAGAUCCUUCUUGAAGGGGUGCGAUGCAAAAUACGGGAGCGAGAUUUAUGAGGCGGGGUUGAAUGCAGAGUGAUGCGAAAUUUUAUCACUUAAUUUUCUUUUGAAAUCUAUGAUUUUAUCGGCAAAUAAAAAAUAUUGAGAAAA